UAAUGGUCCGCAUUCUAGACAAUAAAAGCACCGUGGUGAUAACGUCUGAGAUACCGGGAAUAAUAAGAACAAGAGGGGUCGGUGGCCUGGCCAGCUUCGGAGACGCCUUGUUGCUUUCGCAUCCGUUGACCUCGAAAAAUUAAAAUCUUAGAAAUAAUGGCUGACGAAAAGGCAAGGGCGAGGCUGGAAAGCCUGUCACAACACCUGACAAGCAAUGGUGGGGAAAAGACUGCGAGGCCAAAGUUCGAGCUCGAGGAUCAUCCUGUUGACUCUGUCCGGACAUUGCGGGUAGCAGUGAUUGGAGCUGGUAUUUCUGGCAUCACGGCUGGCAUCCUUCUACCGGCCAAGGUACCCGGAAUAGAGUUGACAAUCUACGAGAAGAACAGUGAUGUUGGCGGAACGUGGCUUGAGAAUAUAUAUCCCGGUGUACGAUGCGAUGUCCCAGCAAACGUGUACCAGAGCACUUUCGCUCCCGAAACGCAAUGGACAGAGGAAUUUGCCCAAGGUCAUGAGAUCCGGGCAUAUUGGCAGAAGGUAGCAGCGAAGUACGAUGUGUACCGUUAUAUAAAGUUCAGCAAUAAGAUCCAACAUGCCCAGUGGCACCCGGGAGAUGCCCAAUGGGUGCUGCAGGUCACAGACCUGACUAGCCAGGAAACUGUGGUGGAGAAGUUCGACAUCCUGAUCACAGCAAUCGGACGCUUCAAUGCCUGGAAGCUGCCCGAUUAUCCGGGGAUUGAUGAGUAUCAAGGCCACCUAAGGCAUUCCUCGAACUGGGAUCCAAAUUUCGACCCCAGGGGCAAAACUGUUGCAGUUAUUGGCAAUGGCGCGAGCGGCAUUCAAGUCGUCCCUGAGCUUCAGAAAGUUGUCAAGCACCUCGACCAUUACGCUCGCUCAAAGACGUGGAUUGCCGGCUCAGUUGGUGGGCACGACAGGAAAGCAGAGCCGAUGUACUUCAGUCCAGAGCAACUGAAGGAGUUUAGAGAUCCAGAGAAGUAUUUGAAGUACCGCAAAACACUCGAGGAAACUUACUGGAGGCGCUUUGCAGCUUUGUUCAAGAAUUCGAAGGAGAAUUUGGCCGCGCGGGAGGAAUUUAAGACAAUAAUGGCAAAGCGGUUGACAGAUAAGCCUGAGCUGCUUGAUAGCCUCGUUCCGGACUUUUCACCGCACUGCCGCAGGUUGACACCUGGCCCCGGGUAUCUCGAAGCUUUGAGCAAAGAGAACGUCAGCUUCAUCCAGACUCCCAUCAAGCGAUUUACCAAAGAUGGGAUUGAGACUGUAGAUGGGGUCCACCGUCCCGUGGACGCCGUGAUCUGUUCAACUGGCGCCAACGUUGACUAUGCUGUCCCUUUCCCCAUCGUCUCUGGGGACGUGAAUCUUGCUUUGGCAUGGAAACCAGACGGCAAGUUUGGCUUUCCUUAUUCAUACCUUGGAAUUGCGACGCCUGGAUUUCCAAACCUACUUUUCAUACACGGGCCUAACGCCUCUGGCCAUUCUGGGACUCUUCCGCAUAGCGUGGAGAACCAGGUCACAUAUAUAGCGCGUGUAUUGCGGAAGGUUAGCGGCGAAGGGAUCCGGACGAUUGUGCCUUCGAAGGAGGCGGCAGAUGACUUUGUUGAGUACUGUGAUGCAUUCUUUCCCAAGACAGUGCUUAGUGAAGGGUGUAGCUCUUGGACCAAUGGAGGUCGACCAGGAGGACGGAUCAACGGCCACUGGCCUGGAAGUGCGGCGCACGUCAAUUUCAUACGCCGCUCUCCGCGCUGGGAAGAUUUCGAGUACGAGCUGCGGCCAGAAAAUACAAGUAAAAAUCGGUUUGCGUACUGGGGGAACGGCUGGACGAAGAAGGAGCUUGACCCUGACUCGGAUCUGACUCCAUAUUUGAAAGCUCCAGAGAGGGUGGACUUGAGGGAUUGGCAUGAAAGUUGGUGGGAUCUAUAGAUAAUAGACUAUCUAUCCUAGCUCGAUGAGAAGGAUAGGCAUCACGAAUUUCUGGAUUUGAUAGCACAAUCUAGGCGGUGGGUGGAGAUCGUGAUACCCAAUUUCGCUGGUGUCCGUUCGAGACAGUCCACGUUUGUUUCUGAGACCAUUAGCAC